AUGGAGCCGCAGGGCUGGCUGCCUCUGCUCCUGCAGUUGGGCCUGAUGUGGCCCCUGGGGGCUCCUUCUGAGCCCCGACUGAGGGUAUUCGUGGUUCCCCACAGCCACAUGGACGUGGGCUGGCUGCACACCGUACAGGAGAGCAUGCAGGCUUAUGUCACCAACGUCUACAACUCCGUGGUGGAGGAGCUGACCCUUGAGAAGAAGCGCAGGUUCAUCGCUGUGGAGCAGGAGUAUUUCCGGCUCUGGUGGGAUGGCGUCGCCUCGGACGGGCAGAAAGGCCAGGUUCGCCAGCUCGUGGCUGAAGGUCGCCUGGAGUUUGUCCUCGGAGGCCAGGUCAUGCACGACGAGGCCGUGACCCACCUUGAUGACCAGAUCCUCCAGCUCACAGAAGGACACGGGUUUCUCUAUGAAACAUUUGGGAUUCGACCACAGUUCUCCUGGCAGGUGGACCCAUUUGGUGCAUCCGCCACGACCCCCACCCUCUUUGCCCUAGCAGGCUUUAAUGCCCACAUCAUCUCCAGGAUCAACUACAACCUGAAGAAAGUCAUGCAGGAUAACCAGCAGCUGCAGUUCGUGUGGCGAGGGUCCAGAUCCCUGUCGGCGCAGCAGGAAAUCUUCACACACGUCCUGGACCAGUUUGGCUACUGCUCCCCUGCUCGGGGUCCUUGGAAUAAGAUUGAAGGAUUUUACUGGGAUGGCGAGCCCAUCUUCCCACAUCCUCCUGAGAAUGGCUGGUACCCUUCCAUGCAAUUCCCCGUCACUUGGGAAAGACUCCAAUCCUUUGUUGAGGCCGUGUUGUACAGUGUGUGGGAACGAGCCGCCUGGUUCCGGACGCCACACCUCCUCUGGCCCUGGGGCUGUGACAGGCAGUUCUUCAACGCCUCGCUGCAGUUCACCAACAUGGACCGUGUCAUGGAGGAGGUCAACAAGUUCACCUACCAGCACGGCGUCUCGAUGGAGUACGCCACGCUGGGCAGCUACUUCCGGGCUGUGCACGCGCACCAGCUCUCCUGGCCGGUCCGAGACCAGCGCGACUUCCUGCCCUAUUCCUCGGACAUGCAUCACGCCUGGACUGGAUUUUAUGCCUCCCGAAGCGGGCUCAAGGCACUGGCGAGGCGAGCCAGCACUCUGCUGUACGCCGGGGAGUCCAUGUUCACACGCCACGUGCUGUUGGCUCCCCACCCAAACCUGGACCCGGCCUGGGGCCUGCAGCAGCUCCAGCAGCUCCGCUGGGCGGUCUCCGAGGUCCAGCACCACGACGCCAUCACCGGGACUCACGCCCUCAAGGUUGGUGACAUGUUUGUGGAGCACCUGAGCAGCGGGAUGCAAGGGGUGCAGACGCUGAUGGCCUCCAUCAUCCAGGACAGGUCUCCAGCCCACUCAGGUAGGCGAGGCCCCUGGGGAGCCUGUUCUCUGUCUGCAGGCCCAGAGCCUGGGGGACGCUUUGCGGUGGUCUACAACCCGCUGGCCUGGACAGUCACCACCAUCAUCACCCUGACUGUGGACUUCCCCAGGGUCAGCAUCACAGACGAGUCAGGCCACCCCGUGCCUGCACAGGCCCAAAGAUCAAAGGAGGUGCCCUCUGCCUAUGACCUGCACGUGCUGACCGCAAUCCCAGGACUCAGUUACCGGCACUACAGCAUCCAGCCCAGCAGGAGGCCCCAGGAGGGCACUCUGGAGCCUGUGACCUCCUUGGCCAGCUCCAGGCACUUUGGACGCAGACUCAGGAGAAGUGGCGGGCCGGUGGGUGGGAGCCUGGUGCCUGUGGAGAAUGACUGCUACACCGUGUUCCUAGACAAGGACACCAACUUGAUGCACAGCGUCUGGGAGAGGUGGAGUAACCAAACAGUCCAGGUGACCCAGACUUUCAUGGAGUAUCACGCGAAGAGUGAUUUUGAUCAAGGCCCCAUUUCAGACAAUUAUGUGUUUAGACCCAGUGGUAGAGCAAAGCCAGCGUGGGAGGCUGUGAGGAUGGAGAUCGUGGCAGGGCCGCUGGUGACUGAGAUCCGGCAGGACUUCUACAGGGAGGUGGAUGACAGGGAGCCCACGUUCGCCAUCUACUCCCGGCUGGCCCAUGGGCCCCAGAGCUCUGACGGGGAGCUGCUCUGCCAUCGCAUAGAGCAGGAGUACCGGGUGGGCCCCUUGGAGCUGAACCGUGAGGCCAUCCUGAGGACAAGCACCGACCUGAACACGGGGCGGGUCCUCUACUCGGACAACAACGGGUACCAGAUGCAGCGCAGGCCCUACCGGAACUACACGAACAACAUCAUCGCUCAGAAUUACUACCCCAUGGUGCAGUCAGCCUUCAUCCAGGACAGACGAAGCAGGCUGGUGCUGCUGUCCGAGCAGGCGCACGGCGUCUCCAGCCAAGGGAACGGGCAGGUGGAGGUGAUGCUCCACCGGCGGCUGUGGAACAAUGACAAGUGGGCCCUGGAGAACAACCUCACACUGAACGACUCCUCGGUCGUCCACCCGGUUCUCUGGCUCCUGCUGGGACCCUGGACCCUCACCAGUGGCCUGCGCCAGAGUAGUGGGCUGGCGCUGCAGCACCGGCCCGUCGUGAUGCUCAGAGAGAUGAAUGAGAUUGCCCCGCGUGGCUCAGGCUCCAGGCAGCAAGAGGCUGUGACGCUGCCCCCAAGCGUCCACCUGCAGAUCCUCAGCAUCCCCGGCUGGAAGUACAGCUCAAACCACACAGAGCACCUGCGGACUCUCCGGAAAGACCGAAAGCACGAGGCCAAGGCAGACCUCCGCCGUGUCCUGCUGCGGCUCCAGCACCUGUAUGAGGUGGACCAGGACCCCGUGCUGUCUCAGCCUGUGACAGUGAACCUGCAGUCUGUGCUGUGGGGACUGGGCUCCGUGGUGUCCGUGGAGGAGCGCUCGCUCACAGGGACCUGGGACGUGAGGAAGAUGCAUCGCUGGACCUGGAGUACGCGGGACUUUCAACGCUACAGAGGUUCGGCCUGUCGUCCCUUACCAGCCCUGGGAGGCCCCAACAUCACCAUCUACCCGAAGGAGAUCCGGACGUUCUUCAUUCAAUUUCAAGAGUGGUGA